UAAAUGCAAAUUGCCUCCUGCCAGCUCAGCUUGCACCCCUCCCGUUCGCGUUCCCGGUAGGAGAGUGCUGAGGGCGGAGGAACACUCACGGAAGCUUCAGCCCAGACCCCGAGCUCCAGAUCUCAGUGGGGCUGCCUCCCACCCAGGCCUGCAGCCCAGCCAGUACCAAUGGAGGACAAGAAGAAGAAAAGGAGUCCCAAGCCCUGCCUGACCCAGCCGGCGGCAGCCCCAGGAACGCUCCGCAGGGUCCCUGUGCCCACCAGCCACAGUGGCUCCUUGGCCCUGGGCCUCCCUCACCUGCCGUCCCCCAAACAGAGGGCCAAGUUCAAGAGGGCAGGCAAGGAGAAAUGCCGCCCGGUGCUGGCCGGAGGGGGGGGUGGCUCUGCAGGCACCCCCCUGCAGCACUCGUUCCUGACCGAGGUGACCGAUGUUUAUGAGAUGGAGGGAGGACUGCUGAACCUGCUCAAUGACUUCCACUCAGGCCGGCUCCAGGCCUUCGGGAAGGAAUGCUCCUUCGAGCAGUUGGAGCACGUGCGGGAGAUGCAGGAGAAGCUGGCCCGGCUGCACUUCAGCCUGGACGUGUGUGGGGAGGAGGAGGAAGAGGAGGAAGAAGAGGACGGGGUCACUGAGGGGCUGCCCGAAGAGCAGAAGAAGACCACGGCUGACCGCAACCUGGACCAGCUGCUUAGCAAUCUGGAAGAUCUCAGUAAUUCCAUACAGAAGCUGCACCUGGCCGAGAACGCAGAGCCUGAGGAGCAGGCGGCUGUGUAGGUGUCGGACCUACACCCAGACCGCCUUCCCUUCAAACUGUGACUUUUUACUGACUCCACUGCGAAUUCUGUGGCCCCCCAGGUGCUACGGGGAGGGGGGCAUCCACGGAAUUAAACGGAAUGAA